AUGGAGGAAGUGCAUGAUGAGCCUGCAGCAAAGUACAGAGGCGUACGCAAGCGAAAAUGGGGCAAAUGGGUGUCCGAAAUCCGGGAGCCGAGAAAGAAAAGCCGGAUAUGGCUAGGAAGCUACGAGGCCCCAGAAAUGGCGGCCGCGGCCUAUGAUGCGGCUGCAUUACACCUCAAAGGACCAGGUGUGGUGCUUAACUUUCCCGAAAUGGUUGAUAGUCUUCCGAGGCCUGCGAGUUCGAAUCCCACCGACGUGCAGUUAGCGGCUCAAGAGGCGGCCAAUGCAAUAAGGUUUAGGAGUCAGCCUAUGAAUUCGGUUUCGACGGAGGUGGCUGGUGGAUCGAGUGGUGGCGCGGCGCCGGUGACGGUGGGACUGUCGCCGAGUCAAAUUCAGGCGAUUAAUGAGUCGCCAUUGGACUCGCCUAUGAUGUGGAUGCAGGACAUGUACAUGUCUUAUAGUGACGAGGCUUUGGUUUUUGGGGAGGACAUGUCGUCAUCUAUGGGUUUCUAUGAUGACCAUGAGGAUGUUUUGCUGCAUCAGUCAAUAUGGGACUCCUAG